AUGUCCUCGCCACAGAUCCACCAGCUUCUGGGCGCCUCACCAUCGUCCGCUCCUCUCGUCAAUUUCUUGUCUGAAUUGAGUGGCGGCAGCGCGCCUAUUCCAGAAGUCAAAGCAUAUUCGGACGCUGUCUACUUCAACUAUUAUCCCUUGGGCAUUAGUCUCCUGUUCUCACCCAACGCGGGCUACAAACCCCGGACGGGUCUCAAAUACGAGCAACUCGAGCUCAGUCGUCUUGCAUUGGACAGCAUCGACGUGUACAAUACGGCAAAGAUAAGGGACACGUCCAAGCCUGGCUCGUCGCGACCUUCAGAAAUCGCAUUCGCAACGUACAAAGCCCUCCCGCUUGAAUUCGACCUCGCAACGAAUAUCAAUGAUAAAGACGGCAACGCGAUCUCUCGUCCUGCAAGAAUAACCAUUACGGAGGAGUCGACGGGCAAAGAUUUCGUUGGUACCCUUGGAGAACCUGAUCGGAAAGGCGGAGGAGCGGGGCCGUCUUCUGGGUCAAUUGGAAUUUGGUGCGAGUGGUCAGCAGAUGGUAUUAUGGUGGAAUUCGGCGGUGAUGAAGCGCGGGGUCCCCAGGCUUGGGAACGCGGCAAAGACGCCAUCUGGAGAGUUGUCACAGUAUUUGCACCCAAACGCGCUUGA